UGAAACGUUUCAAAAUUUUCACGGAGAGCUCCAAAAUCAGAGAGAGAGAGAGAUGUCUACAGAGAUCGGUCAUCUUCGUCGGAGAUUAGUCGAGUUCUUGAUUCAAUCUACUACUCUACUCGAACUUCCUCCGAUCGUUAAAUAUUCAGCUCUAUCGCUAUUCUUCGAUCGAUUUCGUCCUAAUUUAGUCAGGUUUUUACAGAAAAAGAAAGCAGAACAUUGGCUAUUGCAACCUUUGAAUGAAAGCAAUCUGCAGUUAUUUGUGUUAAUCUCCAUUUGGAUCUCAUGUAAAAUGCAUUGUACACGAGGUUUAUCGGUUCAUAGUUUGAAAUCCUUUGGGGAUAAAGUGAUUACUGAGCAACUCUUCAUGGUUCGCGAUUUCUUGGAUGCAGAACUGGUUUUUCUGAAGGUUCUGAAAUUUGAGAUUGGCACUCUAAAUAUAGCUUAUACACGGCUUGAAGAUCUUCUUAUUCAGUUCAAAGAAGUUGCAAAAGUUGGGGAACAGUUGAACUUUGAAGCAUGUAUGGACAUGAUGGAUCUUCUUUACGAGAAAGAGGACACAUCCCUUCUUUAUCAAUCUUCAAAAUCUCUGGCUGCUUCCAUUUUGGUCUCUUCUUACAUAAUAACAGUGCCUAAACAGCAGUACGAAUUCCCUAUUCUCCCCUGGGUUAAAAUGGUGACAAAUAAGGAAGAAAGGGAGGUGGUGGAGCUUGUUGAAUACAUACUUGCUCAUGUCCUUUACUCGAACUCUCCUUAAACCCUACAGGUACACGCAUCUUUAAUCCCUUCCUAUCUACUCCUUUUUUAAAAAACACAAAUUAAAAUUUAAAAUAGAAAUUGUAUAUAUAUUUUAAAGAUAUAUAUGAACAUGUAGGGUCUAUAUACACACACACAUGCUUAUUAUAUACACAUCAAAUACGCAUUUUCCUACUUUUAAAAUUUAAUUUUCUCGCCUUCAAACUGUUUUAUAUAGAUCGUUAAAUAUAAAUUCCACUAUAUCAUUAUCACCUAUAAUUAGAGUUAAAUUCUGCACAAUUAGUGAUAGAACUAACAGAGGUUAUUCAAUUGAAAAAACUGUAGUAGAAUGAUAAGUUUUUUUGAAGUAUGAAACAUCCUAAUAAAAAUGACAAUUCCGCACAAUUACAUCAUUGCUAUAAUAUUGCAAAAUCUUUAGAGUCAUUCCACUCUUGAUAUCACUAAAAAGUUUUGAGAGUUGGGACACGUGUAUUCUAUAACGUUUUAUGAAAUUUUAAAUCGUAUAAAUGUGUAUGUAUAUAUGUAAAUCGGAUAGAUUGAUCGAUAUGCAUAAUACAUGUGGAUCUAAUGAUAUGUGUAUGCUUCACAAGGCAAUGACGGUUGCGAUGCGACAUACCAUGCAUGUGAGUUACUAGAUCCACUUCGAACCAUCUAAAAUAAUUUUAUUUUCACCUACAUAAAUGUGCGAAUUUAUUAUAUCUUCUCCUAAAUGAUAUUGGUACUUUAACUCCGAAUAUUUGUCCUUACUGUACCCACAUUAGGCUUUGUCUUCUCCAAAUAAUUAGUUUCACUAUUUAACCGAAAAAUCUCACCCAACAUAAGAGACAAAUAACUAAAGUUGACAAAAGAAAAGACAAAAAAAUGUGAAAAUAAAGAGAGAAAUAACUAAGUUUGCUUGGCAUUUAUAGAUUUUUGUUUGCAAGCUUUCUCUGGCGGAAUCCUAACUUCACUGUAAUAUUUACUAUUACACAAAACAAAUGUGAGCUGUGCUAUAACAAAAAUUUCAAUAAACCCUUCCAAAUUGUAUAGUUUUUUUAAUUAUUAUUCUCAAACAAUCAAUAAUUCAGGACUGUUGAGUUGUGAAUUGGGUGUGCCAUGUCGAUGAUAAAAUCCAACCACUAGAUAAGUAUAUGAUUAGAUGAUAUGAUUAGAUGAUAUGAUUAGACACUUAAUCCCAGUAGCAUCCUAAGGGGGUUAAGCACAUUAUUAAAGUGAUUUUAUACCUCUUUUCAGUAUUUAAAUCUCAUUUAGUUUUGUUUUGAUAAAUAAUUCUCUUUGCUUUCUACUUUAUCAAUCUUAAUAUAUAAAACGAAUAAUGUGAUUAUUAGUUAAGUACAUUCCUCUUCUAAUAGUAUAAAAGUGAUUAUGUUUCUUCAUAAUCGUAUCACGACUGUAUCCAGCACGACGUUGACUUUUAAUAUUCAGUCUCCCACACAUGCGGUAUUAAAUUGGGAGAUACAGAAACAAAUCCAAAAAAAACAAAAGUUUUCGUAAAGAUUGUUAGUUUAUGUGUCUAAUUCUGUUUUAUUAAGUUACCCAAGCCUAAUUAUUGAGAGAAGUAUAUAUAAACUACUCCCAUAAUUAUUUAGAUCAUAUACUUAAUGAUAGAAUCAUGGAAUUUAAAUUGCUACGAAUAAGUCUUAUGGUUAUUGACUUACUGUAUAAUUGCAUGGACCGUAUUAAAAAUUUCAUUACCCUACCCAAAGUUGAAACCUAUUCUACUUGUUGUUUUCUGCCCAACCACCUUAAAUGUUAUUUUUCUGGUUCUUUAUGUUAGGAGUUUAUGUGUCAUCUUUUGUCUUUUAAUUCCAAAAAAUUAUAGAGAUAUAUAUAAUUCAGUUAAACAAAAAAAAAUUAAUUAGACACUUACACUGUAGAAAUAUAUGGUAAAAGAAUUUGAAUAAAAACUUAUGUAUGGUAAAAUGAUACGUAUACUAAUUUUAUAAAAUUAUUAAGCUUGAUCGUUACUCGUUUAUAAUAAAACUAUUUUGGUAAAACAAAAUCUAAUAUAUAAUAUUGUAUAUGUAUAUAUAUACAUAUAAUGAUUUGCAGCUUGAUUAGUUGGUACGGGGAGCGAGCAAUAAUUAUGUUUGGAUGGGAAUGGGAUACUAAAACAAAAGUUGUUAAUUAAAUUAAUUUAAAAAAUAGACAUCUACUUUUCUCGAUGAAACUGGUGGAGAAGAGCGGUAAUGAGAGAGACCAUACUUUUGAUUAGACCAAAUUGGCAUCUUUCUUGUUAUUAAGAGGGGUACAUAGUAUCAUCAUCAUCCUUAAUUAAUUAGAGUCCACGCAAUAACAAUAGAAGACUCUGUCCUCCCCAUUUGUGGUAAAUCCUCUUCUCAUGAUUAUUGUUUGGUUGAGUAUAUGUUUUAUUCUAUUACUACUCACCAGAAGAACAUUUUCAUAUGUGAUUCGAAUACAAUGUUACAUUUCUAAUAUGAGAGAUAACAUAUGCACCUACUUUUUAUACAUGCAGUUGUAUAUUGUGUGAUGUAUAGUUAUAUAUUUUCGUCUAAUUUCUGUU